ACAAGCCCCAUUUCACUCCGCCACAUGUUCAUCUUCAUCCCUUCCAAACACACCAUAGCAAAACCAUUAUACCACAUUAUUAAUGGAAGCUAUUUUCGUUCCCAAACCAGCUUCUCAUUCUCACUUCAAAACUAAAUUCUCUUCAAACCCCAAACACUUCCUUAAACAACAAACAUUUCUCUCCAUCCGCCAAAACCCCAGGCGCUUCUGCCUCGUCACCACCGCACUCCAAAACCAACAGCAAGCAGCUUCCAAAGACACAGAAGACGAGUCCUAUGGAGAAGUCAAAGGCAUCAUCGGCAGCAGAGCCCUCGACGCCGCCGCCGGAAUGGAGUACCUCAUCGAGUGGAAAGACGGCCACGAGCCCUCUUGGGUUCCGGCAGACUUCAUAGCCAAAGACGUCGUCGCCGAGUACGAAACCCCAUGGUGGACCGCCGCGAAGAAGGCCGAUGAGCCCGCGCUGAGGAACCUCCUCGAAUCCGGCGACGGCCGUGAUGUCGACGCUGUGGACGCCGAAGGUCGUACCGCGCUCCUCUUCGUAGCGGGACUUGGCUCGGAACCGUGCGUGAAGCUGCUGGCGGAAGCCGGCGCGAACCUGGACCACCGCGACCGCAGCGGCGGUCUCGCUGCGCUGCACAUGGCGGCGGGGUACGUGAGGCCCGGUGUUGCGAAGGUGCUGCUGGAUUUGGGCGCGGAUCCUGAGGUGGCGGAUGACCGUGGAAGAACGGCGUUGGAUCUGGCGCGGGAGAUUCUGAAGGCGACGCCGAAGGGGAAUCCGAUUCAGUUCGGGCGCAGGAUUGGGCUUGAGGGAGUGGUUAGGGUUUUGGAAGGGGCUGUGUUCGAGUACGCGGAGGUGGAGGAGAUUCUUGAACGGAGAGGGAAGGGAGAGAAUUUGGAGUACCUUGUGCGGUGGAAGGACGGUGGUGCGAAUGAGUGGGUGAAGGCAAAGUUUGUGGCGGAGGAUCUCGUCAGAGACUACGAAGCUGGCCUUGAAUACGCCGUGGCCGAGGCAGUGCUUGCGAAAAGGAUCGCGGAUGAAGGGACGCCGGAGUUUUUAGUUAAAUGGGCCGAUUUAGAUGAGCCCACUUGGGAGCCCCAGGAGAAUGUGGAUCCUGACCUUAUCAAAGCUUUCGAGGAAACAAACAACCAGGCGCAGCCCAGUAGUAAUGGGCCUGCUGUCAUUGUUUCCCAUCAAGAUAACCCGUAAUUAUUAAUUAUUUGUUAUGAGUAGGAUCAGCACUGUAACACCUUUUCGGGAGUGCGUUAAUAAUUGUUUUGUGCCAAUUCAAGUGAACGGCUAGAAAAAUCUAUAUUAAUUGUAUACAAAAUUCCUGGUGGCAUCAUCUUAUUAUGUCA